AGGAACGGUCACGAUAGCCCUCUCAGUAGGAAAGAAGAAACAACCAGCAUGUCCAUGUUACCAGUCACCUCUGGGGGCCAGCGCAGCGCAGCGCCAUCCAUCCGGGCCUCGGGGAAGUGAACUCUUCCCUUGGAAUUGCCCCGGCUAUUACGAUGUAUGCCAUCUGGCCCGGCUGCCUGCGGUAUGUGGCAGCAAAGGCCGUGGAUUAUUAUAAGAGCCGACCGGGGGAUUUUCCCGCGGCUUCGCUGGCAGCUCCUGCUUUGACUUUAUCCCCUCGUCACACUCGACCCCCUCUCUUUCUCUCCCUCGUUGUGUCUCUUCAUCUCUCUCUUUUUGUCUCUCUAACCAUCUACUAGCACCACCUCCGCCAUCAUGUUCUGGGGGAAACAACACAAGGAGGACAAGGCCACGCCCGAGGCAGACGAGCAGCCCAUCCCUCGCUCCAAGCUGCCAGCUGCGCUGCAAACCCUGGCCGAUCGCGACGACGAUUUCUACGAUGACAUUUAUUCUCCAUACUCCGUCGACUCCACCGAAACCCCCUACCGAUACGCCGGGUACGCCAACCGGCUCCGCACGAUCCUCCUCUCCGCGCACCGCUACGUCGCCUACACCUCCGACAUAGGCGAAUCGUUCCGCCCCGUCGCCCACCCCUGGCUCGUGCGGUCUGCCUACGGCAUCUCCUGGACGUACCUGAUCGGCGACGUUGCGCACGAGGGCUACAAGGCGUAUCUCCGGAACCGACUCGUCCUGGCCCCGCCCUGCGAGGCGUACAAGGAUGCCAGCGCCAACCCCAACCACCAGCGUACCGAACCCGCAAAGCUAACCCCCACAACCACGAACACGUCCGCAACGACAGCCACAGGCCCCGAUACGCUCACACCCUGGCCGACGACCCACGUGCCGCUGGUAGAAGACUACCGGAUGGUCAUGGCCAAGCGCGCCGUGUUCCAGAGUAUAGCUAGUAUGGGAUUGCCGGCGUUGACGAUUCACUCUGUGGUGAAGUAUUCCGGGCGCGCGUUGAAGGGCAGGAAGAGUGUGUUUUUGAGGACUUGGGUGCCUAUUGGGCUCGGCCUCUCCGUCGUUCCGUUCCUCCCCUACCUGUUCGACUACCCCGUCGAAGAAGCCGUCGAGUGGUCGUUCCGCACGGGUCUGCGCGCAUAUGCGGGCGAAGAUGCCGUGAGGCCGUUGCCGCGGGUUUCGCAUGCUACCUCUUCGGGUCAUUCCGCAAGCGUGCACGCUGAGACGGGUAGUGCGGAUGUCGAUGCGAAUGCGGAGACCCCCUCCUGGGAGGAAUACAAGGAGGAGAGAAGACUAGCGAAGGAGCAGCGGAAGAAGGAGAGGGGUGAGGGUGCGGGGGUGCUGGGGAUGUUGGGGUGGGGGGAUAAAAAGAAGAAGGAUUGA